GCUGUGAUUGCUCCUUGCUAGCUUGCUGCGGGUGCAGAGCCUAGCUGGGGGAGAGAAAUCGUGGGAGAAGCAGAAUCUGAGCGAUAAAACAAGAAGUAAAGUUAAAGAUCGAUUAACAUCUGGUAACGUGGAAGACAGGACACGAACAGGUAUCACCAGCAACGUGGCAACAUCUUUUCUCUCCCCUGGCUCUCCAGUGUGUGUAAGGACAUCGGCCACUAUAAAUAUACAUAUAUUUACAUUAAUAUAUUUAUCAUAUCUUUAAGUCACCUAGUGCCUCUCUACCUGAUCAAGCAUUCUUUCCCCUGCAUCCUCACGAGUGCAAAAACAUUUUCAACACCAGCAAGACAGAAGAAACAGAUCUCAAGUUUUUAGAUGACCACAGCUACCAAAGUUUAAACUGAUUACUUGUAACUGUGCUUUAUUGAGUUUAAUGCCCUCCAGAAUCAGUCGUAUCUGAGCUUCUGGUUAUUCUCUAAACUCUUCAACAUUCAUCAGCAUUGUUCACGUCAACGUAGUCCACUAAAGAAAGCUAUAAACAGCUCUUAGCAACAUCAUGGCCUCCAUCACGCAGUUGUCCGAGCCCGAGAUCCCAGACAACCACAAGGAGAGCUGGCUGGCGCUACUUUCUGCAGUGGAAACAUACUGCCAAAAGACUGGCUGUGACCUAGCUAUACUGACAGCCUGUAAGAAGUUCCGGUUGUCAGCGGGCGUCGGCGAUGGGGUGAGGAAGCGGGAGAGCUGCAGUGCCUUUCCGAGGGAGUGUGAUUUCUCCUACAGCGUCUGGGGUCAGGGGUUUCUGGCCGAGUCGGCACGCCGCUACAUGGACGACAUUGGCGUGCUGCACUCCACGACCAUGCUAACAGCCCAAAAGCACACACGCCAGGCUGGGGGGGAGGGUGGAACCAAGCUGGUGGUUGACCUGACCUCUGACCCAGGACACAGGGGGAGCUUUACAGGAGACGGUGGUGUGGGCGGAGUCAGCCCCAACAGCAGACAGUACUCCCAAAACUACCCGUCAAUCUACAGCUCAGGAGCUGGCACCGGGCAGGGUGCCGGGCAGAACGGGAACGAAGAGAGGGAGAGUAGCAUGCUGGAGGCCGAGCGAGGGAGACAGAGGUCUGGGAUUGUGGAUUUGGAAGAAGAGUGUGAAGAGGAGGAAGAGGAGGACGACAUGGAUGAGAGGAGACCCUAUGGGAAUGAAAGUGCAGGUGUGUUCUCGAUGGACGAGGACUCUCUGUCUAGGGACUGCGAGCCGUUCUUUGAAUCUGAUGGGGAGGAGGAGAGCACUGAUGGCUCUUUGAGUGAGGACGCCCCUCCACCUCCUCGUGGCAUGGCCAUGGGUCAGGCUGCUUACUCAUCCCGUCACGCCCACCCAAUGGCUCUGGCCCGCUCGCUGCCUGUAUCUGUGCCCGUGUGGAGCUGCAGAGGAAACCGAGGCGCUCAGGGAGACGGCAACAGCAGAGAGCGGGUGGGCUGUGCUGACUUGGAGCACAUUGCUGCCAGUAUGAAAGCCCUGCUGGCCCCCGGAGCCACCGACGGGACCGAAAUGUUUGGGGCCCUGCCUCGGCCCCGUCUCAACACCGGGGACUUCUCCCUCAAGCACUGAGAGUGUGAGACGAGCAGAGGGAAGACAGAGAAAGGGAUAGAGGGGAGCGAUUGAGAGUGGAAAAGGAAACGUGGAGAAAGAUAUUGUCAUGACAACGGAGGGAUAAGGCGGGGCCUGUAUUUUGGCAGAUGUGAUGUACAGUUUGUGAAACGGUGUAAAGGCUAGGACCUCCAUUUAUCUCACUAACCAAAAUUUACGGCACAUGCUUCGAGGAGUAACGGAGAAAGAAAUGUUAUGAACACUAAUAACAUUUUCAACACUAUCACUCCACCCACCAACCAACCAACCACCACCUCGUCACUACACAUUUCACAACACUAGUGACUUCACGUCUCCAAACACUACAUUAGUACUGGACCUGAGGAAAAGGUUAAAGUAACACGAAGCUUGUUGCUUUUAAAAAAUGUGAGCGGAGGACCCCAGCACCUCCUCAUAACAUGCCUGUUUGUACUUUUACUUUUGCCAAUGAAUGACUGACUGAUCGGAUGAUUGUAAAUCGAUGCAGCGUUAUAGGGGUUGGUGUUCUUUUUUGUUUUGUUUCUUCGCUCCGGAUGUUGAGUGAAUGAGGAAGUGAGUGUGUGUGACUGUGUGUGUGUGUGUGUGGAAAAAGAGAAGAUGGUUUGAUUGAAAAAGAUGUCCACAUUUGACAUUUCAAAAACAAUUAAAUGUUCCAUGAAUUACUUUUGUUGUUAAUAAAGGAGCAACACCAAGA